CCCCAGCGGUCCUCCAGCAUCCCAGCGCCCCUUGCGCGCGCUCCCGCCCGCCCUCAGCGGCUUCCGGCGGUGGCGGCGGAGCGGGUGCGGCGAGGCGGCGGCAGCCAUGGGGUACCGCGGGCAGGGCCAGAAGGUGCAGAAGGUGAUGGUGCAGCCCAUCAACCUCAUCUUCCGCUACCUGCAGAACAGGUCGAGGAUCCAGGUGUGGCUCUAUGAGCAGGUGAACAUGCGGAUAGAAGGCUGCAUCAUGGCUGAUGUCCACGCUGAAGGUGCAGAAGGGUUCCGUGCUGUUGCUUGGGUCAGCCUUGUUGCCAGGUUGGGAAUGUUUAGCCUCCCGGUGCUUCGGUGCUGUUGGGCUGCACUCAGAGUGUGAGCUCUGGGCGUUAUUUCUCAACUACUGCGUUAUUGGAGCGUACGGAGCCGAGAUAUUCUGCGGAUAGGUGAUUUAAGCCACGUCAGAACCACCGCUGUGGCGUGUGCCAGCGUCGGACGCCCAUUCGACUGCUCGGGCGGAGCAGGUGAAUUGAAUUUGGUGCUGGGUGGCGAGGUGGUGUUGGGGGAAGAGCUAGGCUAAGGAGAGCUUCCUCUUGCUCUGCCCCUUCUCAAAUGGCAUCUCAAAAUCUCAAAUGGCCGCUUCCUGGGGAGAUGGGUUCGUUGGGAGGCUAACUACAACGUUACAGUGAGGAUGAGGAAUCCUCUUUAGUCCCGUAGGUAUUUGCUGCCAGGCUGCAGCGUUGAUUUCAGAAAUUGUAUUUAAAAAAGGAAAAAGAAAGGAAAUCCGUAUUCUUUAACAUACUCUCUUUUCUCGGAGAGUAGAUGUAGGAGCUUCAGCAGUGCCCUUCCUCCCGAAAGGCUUCCCAGUGUCUGCUCAGACACUGAGGAGGAAAAUAGAGGAGAGCCACCCGAUAUAAAUAAAGGCAAGAAGGGGUUAUGGAUUAAGGGAAAACCACUACUUCAAAAAUUGGUGCUCUCUACAAACCGGUUAAGGGUUUGGGACCUGCAGGUGCUGCCUCCACCUGUGUGCGUUGCAGUCGUGCCUGUUGCCACUGAGCAAAACGGGGAGAGCUGCUUUGUCGAACGCGGCGUGUUAAAGCACGUGCCACUGCCUGGAAGAAAAGCACGGACUUCCCUCGUGUGGGACUUCUUCCCUAGCCAUGUGUGGUUUACCUGAUGGUUUCCCAUAAGCUGUGAAUGUUUAAAAGAAAAAAA